CUGAACAACCGCCGCACAACGGGAGGGCGCCGGCACUGCAGUACCACCCACGUCUCCUGCUGCCUCGUGUCACAUCGACACACUCUGCUCCACACACACUGUUUCAGAGGCACUGUCCACCAUGGGGAACUUCGUUGCCAAUGAGGGCCUCUCCAUUUUUGUCAUUUUGGUGUGGCUGGGGAUCAACGCCUUCCUGUUUGUCCACUUCUACAUGGUCUUCCUGGUGGAGAAAUGGUUCUACACUAGAGUCCUGCUCGGGCAAGCUCUGCCCUGGGCCAGGGCUCCUGCUGCCGCCCUCAACUUCAACUGCAUGCUCAUCCUGCUGCCCGUGUGCCGAAACCUGCUCUCCUUCCUUCGUGGCACCAUCCAGUAUUGCAGCCGCACAGCAGCUCGACAACUGGACCGAAACCUCACUUUUCACAAACUGGUGGCUUACAUGAUUGCCUUUCAUACAGCUGUGCACAUCAUUGCACACUUGUUUAACUUUGAGUUUUUCAUGGACGCCCAGCUGAAUCGCAACAGCAGCUUUCUGCCCUUCGUCCUGUCACAAAUUGGCAAUGAUGACAACGCCUCCUUCCUGAACCCCAUCAGGACCAACGAGACAAACCCUACUAUUGUCAUGUUCACUACCAUCGCCGGGCUGACAGGUGUGGUCAUCACGCUGGCACUCAUUCUCAUCAUCACCACGUCCAUGGAGGUGAUCCGCAGGUCGUACUUCGAGCUGUUCUGGUAUACACACCAUCUCUUUGUCAUCUUCUUCAUUGGCCUGGUGUUCCACGGCUACGGGCGUAUCGUGCGAGGACAAACAGCCUCCAGCCUGGACACAAACAAGCCUGAAGUUUGUGUUUCACAUUUUGAAACCUGGGGAACAAAUGGGACCUACUGUGCCGAGCCAGAGUUCGCUGGAAACCCACCAGGGACAUGGAAGUGGGUGGUGGGCCCCAUGAUCCUCUACGUGUGUGAGAGGCUGAUCCGCAUCUAUAGAUCCCACCAGAAAGUGGUCAUCACCAAGGUGGUGAUGCACCCCUCCAAGACUCUGGAGCUGCAGAUGAAGAAGAAAGGUUUUCGCAUGGAGGUGGGCCAGUACGUCUCCAUCCAGUGUCCGUCCAUCUCCAGGCUGGAGUGGCACCCUUUCACCCUGACCUCGGCCCCUGAGGAGGACUACUUCACCGUCCACAUCCGCAUCGUUGGGGACUGGACUCAGGCGCUGUACGAGGCCUGUGGAGGAGACAAAACCGAACCUCAGGAGGCCUGGAAACUGCCCAAGAUCGCCAUAGAUGGCCCGUUCGGUACCGCCAGUGAAGACGUGUUUCGUUAUGAGGUGGUCAUGCUGGUGGGCGCAGGAAUUGGAGUGACCCCUUUUGCAUCCAUCCUCAAGUCUGUGUGGUAUAAACGAAUCCAGAACAACCAGGACGUCUUCACCAAAAAGAUUUACUUCUACUGGCUGUGCCCGGAGACACAGGCCUUUGAGUGGUUUGCAGAUCUGCUGCAGUCUCUGGAGGGUCAGAUGGUGGACAAGAGCAUGUCCGACUUCCUCAGCUACAACAUCUACCUCACCCGCUGGAAGGAGACCGAGGCGGCUCAUUUCCGAGUUCACCACGAGGCAGAGAACGACCCGAUCACAGGCCUCAAACAAAAGACACUAUAUGGGAAACCCAACUGGGACAACGAGUUCAGUAACAUUGCGUCAAAGCACCCGGGAGCUAAAGUGGGCGUCUUCCUGUGUGGCCCCCCUCUGCUGGCAAAAUCUCUGGGGAAACAAUGCCUGUCCCACUCGGAGGCUGAUGUCAAGUUCAUCUUCAACAAAGAAAACUUCUGAAGCAAAGACGCUCCAGCAGUCCCAGAGAGCGGCCCCCUCCCGGGCAGCAACGGGCUCGGAGUCGGGCAGCUGGCUGAAACGUCCUGCACAUUUUACACCACAUGUUGUGAAUGCUGGAACUCUCACAGGCAGCUUCUCACUGCCCACCACUCCUCUACUGUCCGCUUCUCACCACAAUGUUUUGCAAAGAUGUUCUUGCCAAAAAAAAAACCCUUGUGGUGUUUCCACAUUACCUUGUUCCUUUUUUGUUUUACAAUACAUGAAACUCUGCUGCUUUCAAAAUGUUUCUUCCCAUUUUUCUACUGUCCUUAAGUUUUCUUUGUGCUUUUGCCCGGAGCGGACAUGCUCUUAAUCACUGAACAACGGGUCUGAUACCAGAUGGUUUAAAUUCCCGCAAUCAAUGAAGAAAAACAUUAAAUAAUUGCUGUUGAUCAAGGCAUUACAGCUGUGGCUGCUGUUGUGUGUGACUGUGCUAAAAGAGGAAACACCCACCACCAAGCUUCUCUGACAAAAACAUAAUAUAAAAGAAGCAUCUGUGAUUUCUGCUGUUGUGUUGCAGUGCAUAGACAGAGCUGUUUUUUGUGUAUUGAUUAGGUUGGAAAACAGCACAGCAGCAGCCGUCUGGUUACACAUUGUGCCAGAAAUUCCAGCACAGCUGUGAGGAAAGCAGCAGCACUGUAAAGCUGGCAGGUCAGGCACAUUCACUGUAUUAAUCAGUGUGACCACACAAUGGAAAAACAACAGGACCAUAUGAAGCCUAUGAAAACACAACCUCCACGGUCAGUAGUCAUUCUCCUGCUGUUUCCACACCUGACUAACCCUGUGUGGUUUGUUUACUGCUGUUGUUGUCACCAGACUUUUAUCCUCUGUUGUCAUUGUGUAUUUUUUUUGUACCAUGAUCAAGUUUGUUUCCUUUCUUGGAAAAUAAACUUGAACUUUCAGAGAAGUCUUGUAGAAUUUUCAGCUUUAAACAUGUUCUACCAAAUGAGUUGUAACUAAAACAGGAACUAUAGUGUUCGGUCUGUGGUGAAAACUGUUCGACAGGUCGACCUGUCCAUGCACAUUCACACACACACACACAACUUUAAAGUCCAUAGGAAAGUCGUGUAAUUUUAUUCAGUCUGUAUCAGUGGGCAUUGGGACUUUAUACCCUCUGUGGUCCUGAUCAAUAACAAUGUUCCAAGGACAACAGAAGCUAAAAAUCCAGUGGCGACACCACAAGGAGAAAAAGCAACUUCUUGUUAAAUCUAUUAAAUUCAGACUUAAACUAGGAACAGCACCUCUUCAGCUUUGAGGUCUUAUGAGAGCAUCUGAUACUGAUUAGAUAUUUGUUCACAUCUCUUCCUUGGCUCAAGCCAAGGAAGAGAUGUGAACAAAUAUCAUAUAGAAAAUCAAAGAUGCUCAGUGUCUGUGCACAGUGGUGAAAGCAAACCAAGUACAUCUACUCAGGUCCUGCACUUAAGUAUAAUUUUGAGGUAUCCGUAUUUUACUUUUCUGCUACUUCAUACUGACUUCACUCCAUGUCAGAGACA